AUGAUCGGCGACCCGGAUAUAGCCACGGCAGACAUGAUUGUCCCGCUCGGCCAGCGAUUCAAAUACGAGCAGGUAUCCACCCGAGCUGCGCUUAAGGCUGAGGAAGACGGCAAUCCGCUCAAGGUGUUAGACCUUGAUGACGACGACCUGCUGCUGCUGCCUCGCCGCGUUGUCGCCUACGCCUUCCGCGAGCGCCGAUUCGUCAUGCUCGAUAUCCUUUCGCUGAAGGAGAUCGAAACUUCGACCAACGUCUUCGAGGACCUCAAGAUUAACGAGCGGCACAAGAGAUUGGUCACAUCGCUGGGGAAAUCACAUCUCGACAAAAAAGCGGUCCAGAAGCUCCGCCCCAGUGUCAGUCUGAAUCAAGACCUCAUCCGUGGCAAAGGCUCUGGGCUGGUAAUCCUGCUCCAUGGUGUCCCCGGUGUCGGCAAGACUGCUACAGCGGAAGCUGUCGAAGACUCCCUCAAGGACAUCUUUCGUCUAGCGCACCUCUGGGACUGUGUCCUUCUGCUUGACGAGGCGGAUAUUUCCCUAUCCCGCCGGGAACUGGGAGACCUCAAACGCAAUGCGUUGGUCUCGGUGUUCCUCCGUGUCCUCGAGUACUACAGUGGUAUCUUGUUUCUUACGACCAACCGGGUCGGCACUCUGGACGAGGCGUUCAAAUCCCGGAUUCACGUCAGCUUGCAUUACCCUCCGCUCAACAAGCACCAAACACUCGAGAUCUUCAAAGUCAACAUCAGAAAGCUUCGGGAAAUCGUAAAGGAGAAGCAGAAGCUGCAAGACCAGUUGGAGUCCAAUACAACGAAGCAGCAUAAGAUUACUAUCGAUGCUCAAAGCAUCCUCCAUUAUGCGAAAUGGCACUUCGACGUCAACGAGGAGACUCCGGAGCAGAGAUGGAAUGGCAGACAAAUCAGGAAUGCCUUCCAGAUUGCCUACUCGCUUGCGCAGUUUGACUUGAAUGGUGCGGCCCCAGAUCAGGGAAAUUGGGCAGACGAACGCAGUACUACUACAGCAGGCUGCCUUAGGACUGGCGACGGAAGGUUGGACUAUCGACAAUUCGAAACGGUCGCCGACGCCGUCGCGGAGUUCGAGAAUUAUCUAACCCAGGCGACGAACGGGACAGACGCCGACCGAGCCCGCAAGGAUUUCACCCGGGAUGAUUACUUCGACUCCCGCCGGCAGUCGCAGAGGCCUGCCUACAACCCGCCGGUAUACCAGCGGCAGUUGUUGCCGAGCUCUCAAGCGGAGCGACCCAGGUACCGACCGCCUCCAGCACGCCGUGGCGAGCAACCCACUCCGACAAGGAAGCAGUACCGGCCUAGGCCUACCACACAGCAGGCGCACGACGGCAGGCCACAACAGCGUCCAGCGAAUGUCAUGAGCAGCGGCCCUAUCAGAAACAGCCCCGUCCCGCGGAAGCACCCAAAUGCCCGCGCCGGUAUGGCGAGGGCAGGACCAGGACAGCAAGAGCAGCAGCAGCAGCAGCAGCAGCAGUCACGGACAACCAACGCUCGCAACCCGAUCCCUAGACCUGCCCGGCUCGCCGGCGCCAAGUGCAGCGACUCUGGAUAUUCUGGAUGGAGCAGUGCCACGGCCCGCUCCCCUGGCCCUGACCUUCUUGGUGCGUCCCAAGACUGGCAACUCGAUGAGCAAGACGUCGCUGUGGAUGGUGAGUAUCAAGAUCAAGAUGACGGGUCGUAUGAGGAUCGGGAUGAGAGAUAUGGUGGUAGUGGGCAGUACGAGGGGGACGGUGACCGGUAUGGACCCCGCGGCGAGGAUCAGCCUGUUUAUGAUGACUUGGAUGGGAUUGAUGGCGAGGACGGGCAGUAUCUCGAUGACGACGAGGACCAGGAGCGGUGGCCGAAAUGAAGUUGUGGCAGCUGCGACAAUUGGCCCCCCCGGCUCAAUCUGACUAAAACGAAUCGUAUACAACUUCGAUCUCGGUUGCUUGUUUCCCCCCGUCUUCUUUACAUGGGAUACCUUAUCUUUUUCCCUUUAUCCCGCACUCUGUUACUAUUUCUCAUUUUCCUCUUCUCUUCUCUCCUACUUAGGUCUCUUAUACCUUUUUUCUCCUUUUGUGUGAUGUAUUCGUGUUGCGCUAGAUUUGGUGGUCCAGGUUUCGAAGACCGAGUAUGGCCUUUUUUGACCUUAUCCUGCGCGGUCUCGGCAGCCACGUGGGAGCUAAGCUGAGGGUUAGGGGUCUGGUUAUGAUGUCAUGAGCACAUCAAACAAGCAAUGGGAGAAACAUGCUCGCGUCAACUACUAAAGGGUAUACCUUCUAGAUU